GAAAUCCCACAUACCUUGCUUCUAAUUAACCCACAAAACUUUCGUCGAAACGAGAGGGAAAGAGAGAUAUGGAGCUUCAACACUUCAGCCAUAAACAUCCACUUGUGUUCAUUGAAAAGCAGAACCAUGAAAGUGAGAAGGCUUAUUGCUCGGGAUGUGGGGAGCUGGUUUCAGGCUCAAGCUUCGGCUGUGUAGAGUGCAGAUAUUACCUAGACAAGUUGUGCGCUGAGGCUCCUUCGGAGAUAAAUCACCCCUUUCAUUGCAACCACAGCCUUAAACUUCAAGUCAGUCCACCAUUCAGAAAUAUUUGUGAUUUUUGUGACAAAGGACUUGACAAGUUUGUUUAUCAUUGUUCUUGUGACCUUAACCUUCAUAUCAAAUGUGCCUUGCUUUCUAAAAGCAUUGCUGAAAAAGGCUUUGGAAAGCUUGACGAUAUUCCCCAUAAAGAGGCACUGGUCUCUAUUGAAAAUUUUUCGGAAGAAUUGAAGGGUGCCAAGUGUUUUGCAUGUUGGCAGCGAUUGCUAGAUUUUGCAUACCUUGAUCUUGGCCAUGGAAUUUUCCUACACAAGAAAUGUGUUGAUUUACCUACUGAAAUCAACCAUUUUCUCCAUAGCCAGCACUCUCUAAUUUUACAGUUCAAUAGUAAGCCUCUCCCUUGUCAAAUGUGUAAAAAAACCCAACUCAAGGGAUUUGUUUAUCGUUGUUCGCCUUGUGAGGUUGCCCUUCAUAUAACAUGUGCUGAGCUACCAACUAAAAUUAACCACCUUUGCCACCGUAACCAUCCUCUCUUUCUAAAAUUCGAUCCAGAAUCCCUUCCUUGCCAAAUCUGUCAAAAUACCCAAGAUGAAGGGCUUGUUUAUUGUUGUUCCAUAUGCAAGUUUAAGCUUCAUGUUGAUUGUGCAUCCCCACCACCUAUUAUUAAAGGUGAAAUCCAUGAGCACCCAUUCACCCUGUUCUGGAAGCAACUCCCAUUCAUUUGUGAUGCAUGUGGUACAACGGGGAAUUGUGCUUCUUAUACUUGUUAUAAAUGCAGUCUUACAAUCCAUGGAAAUUGCAUUUCAUUACCACCCAUUAUCAAAUUUCCACGACAUCGUCAUCCGCUUUCCCACACCUUCAUCCUUGGGCAAUAUGAGAUGAAAACAUUGAUAUGUGAAGCUUGCCCUGAAAAGGUAAACGCACAGCAUGGGGUUUAUUGUUGUUCUGAUUGCAAUUACGUUGUUCAUGCGGAUUGUGCACAAGAAUAUAGUUGGUUCUCAUUCUAUGAGUUGGAAGACAUGGAUGAGGAUCUUAAGGAGAAGUCGGCGUUUGCUGUUAUCAAAGUGUCUAAACUUGGAGAAGACAUUGUAAUAGCUUCAGAGAUAAAGCAUUUGAACCAUCAGCAUAACUUGGUUCUAAGCAAUGAUUCUGAGGGUCAUAAGGUGUCCACGAUGCUUCUAUUGGUUCAAUGCUAGUUUUGCCUACAAAUGCAAUAUUUGUAAGAGUUAUAGAUGCCUUGCAUGUGCUCUAAUUUCUGAUACUCCCACAUUUCAAGGGCACAAACACCGCCUUUACCGUUAUGACAAAUAUGAAGGGCAAUGCAAUGGAUGUGGA